GUUUGUGGCUGAGAUUUCGCGCUGCAAUUUGCAAAGCUUUGCAAUGCUGCUGCCAAUGCAGGCAACGCACUUUCCUGCAGGAGAAAGCACAGCGCAAGAAGGGUUUGCAGGAGCGCUCAAAAGGCGCAUUUGAACUUUAGGGACCAGCAGGGUUGCUUGUGUAUUGUGCCAGCCGAGUGCUGCGGGGGACACAGGGAGAUUAGCAUUCUAUAUGAGAGUUCUUGAAGGAUAAAGAGGAAGGUUGAGCAGAGGUCCUUAAGACGCUUGAAACAGGCACAGACAGGUGGACAUACUCUUGCAUUGCAUCAGCACAGAAAGUAUCAUCAUGCUCCGCAACGUUGCGCAGGGGCUCUGCCGCCUGUCAGUCAAUGCAUCCGCAAAGAAGCUGCCUGCUUGCGCGGGAUGCACUAACACUGUCCUGAAGAGGGGGUUUGCUGAUGACAGCAGCCUGAAGAAGACGCCCUUGUAUGACCUGCAUGUGGAGCAUGGGGCGAAGAUGGUCCCAUUUGCAGGCUACAGCAUGCCAAUCCAGUACAAGGACAGCAUCAUGGACUCGACCAUCAACUGCCGCAAGAACGGCAGCCUCUUUGACGUGUCGCACAUGUGCGGGCUCAGCCUAAAGGGGAAGGACGCCAUCCCGUUCCUGGAGAAGCUGGUGGUUGGAGACAUUGCCGGUCUUAAGGACAACUCCGGCUCGCUCAGCGUGUUCACCAAUGAGAAAGGCGGGAUCAUUGAUGACACUGUGGUCACGAAGGUCAACGACAAGUGGCUCUACCUGGUUGUGAAUGCUGGAUGCAGAGACAAGGAUCUCGAGUGGAUUGAGGGGCACCUCGCUAAAGAGAAGGCCGCUGGCAAGGACGUCUCGAUCCACAUCCACGACGAGAAGUCGCUGCUGGCAGUACAGGGCCCGUUGGCCGCCCCUGCGGUGCAGUCGCUGAUGAAAGGCGUCGACCUGAGCAAGAUGUACUUCAGCGACUUUGGCGUGCUAAAGAUCAACGGCGUUGAGUGCUACCUUACGCGCACGGGGUACACCGGCGAGGACGGCUUCGAAAUCAGCGUUCCGAACGAAGCUGCCGUGUCGCUCACUAACGCGAUCCUGGAGGCGGAGAGCCAGAUCCGGCUGACGGGGCUGGGCGCGCGCGACAGCCUGCGGCUCGAGGCCGGGCUGUGCCUCUACGGGAACGAUCUGGAUGAGGACACGACGCCUAUUGAGGCGGGGCUGACGUGGACUGUGGGCAAGCGGCGGCGGAGCGAGGGGGGCUUCAUGGGGUCUGAGACCAUCCUGCAGCAGAUCAAGGACGGGCCCACCAGGCGGCGUGUCGGGUUCGUCGCGUCCGGCGCGCCCGCCCGGCACCACUGUAAAAUGCUGAGCAGCGAUGGGGAGGUCAUCGGUGAGGUUUCAAGCGGAGGCUUCAGCCCGAACCUGAAGCAAAACAUUGGCAUGGGUUACGUGGCAACUGGCCACCACAAAGCUGGGACUAAGAUCAAGGUGGAGGUACGCGGGAGGGUCAACGAGGGAACCGUCACAAAGAUGCCGUUUGUGCCCGCCCACUACUAUAAGCCCCCGAAGUAAUCGGGCGUUGCUUGAAAGAGCACGGCUGUAGGAUCAGCAUGCUUGCUUGUUGGAAGGACUUUGGUAGGCGUGUUGGUAGCCCCAGCGAGAUUGGAGCGAAAAAGUUGAGUUGCAUGUACUACCAUUUGAACGCAAGUCCGAGCACCUUUGACGGUCAAGAUGUUCGAUCUUGUAUGCAGCUUCGCAAAUUGAAUAGUGGACUUACGGCGCACUGCACUGCUUCAUCACAAGUCCU